GGCGGAAAAUACUUUUUUUACUCCCCUUAUCCACUCUCCCUGCUCAAAGACUUUACAGAUUCUUGGGUUUCCAUCAUCAAUGGCGUUGCUUCGUUUUCUCUGUCUUCCUUCAGCUUCUAUCUUCCAUAACCAGCAACACCAGCACUUCUUUCAACCUAUUAACCCUAAUCCCUCAUAUCUUCAAUCCUUAUCUCUCUCUGCUUCACUUCCUAAUCGCUUCUUCAAAACACACAGACCUAAUUUUCUCGUUUUCCAAACCCAAUCUGCCAUUGAAGCCCCACAAGUUGAGAAUUCACCGGAUACUGUAGAACAAUUGGAAGAUGAAGCUUCUAGAACGAGAUUGCUUGCUCAGAAUGUUCCUUGGACUUGUACUGCAGAUGAGAUUCGUCCUCUGUUUGAAAAGUAUGGCACCGUUGUUGAUAUUGAGGUGUCGAUGUAUAGCAAAACCAGAAACCGAGGGUUGGUGUUUGUUUCAAUGGGCUCACACGAGGAAGCAUUGGCAGCAUUCACAAAUCUUCAGUCAUAUGAAUUUAUGGGCAGAAAUUUAAACCUCACUUGGGCAAAGCCACGGAAAACACCAAAACCUUCUGCCCCUGCACAACCGAAGCUGGUUCCUGUACACAACUUAUUUGUCGCAAAUUUACCAUUUCAAGCACGAUCAAAAGACCUUAUGGAGUUCUUUAGUGCUGAAAAUGCUAAUGUUGUAUCUGCGGAGAUUAUAUUUCAUGAAAAGCCACGAGGUUCUGCUGGUUAUGGUUUUGUUUCGUUUAAUACCAAGCAGGAGGCCGAGGCUGCGCUCUCUGCUUUUCAAGGAAAGGUGUUUAUGGGGAGGGCGAUUCGAGUGUCACCUAGUAAAAGAUUUCUUAGACAAUCUACAAAAAAGGCUCUUGAAUCUAAAGAUGAAUCAAGCAAAUCAGAAACCGAAGGAGAGCAAGCACAAACAGCUGAUGAAGUAGAAGCUUAAUCGAAGAGGUCCCGCCUUUUCUUUGCCUCAUUUUUGGUUUUAUAUAUCAAGUCUUUAAAGUUAUGAUCUUAAACAUAUGUAGAUUUCACCUGGUUAGGUAUGCCAUUCUAUUCUGUCAUGGAAAUUGUGAAUUUUAAUUCUACAAGUAGUUUUAGAAACAAUUAUUUCAAAUCAAUCCUAAACAUAUGCGUAAGGAUCGACUAAA